ACCUUCAACAGAAGCCCAGUAAUAUUCUUUUUUUUUUUCCACUCACAGUUGCGGUGCAGUUCUUGUGUACUCUGGUAAUUAACACAUCAAGUAGCCAGCUCAUCACAGGAAAGUGUUUAAGUGGUGUGACUGCAAAACUUUAAGGUAAAGAUGUCCUGCACCAUUCUGUAUCCGCUCCUGCUUCUCCUGUUCAGCUGUGCCUGUAUGUCUGAGGUCCAGCAGGAAGAGAACGAAGUGCAGGCUGAGCGUUUGACUGUGGAACAAAGAGGUGCUGUUUUGACUCCUGAUGAGUGUCAACAACACUUUCUCACAGUGAUCUACACUGAGCUGACAGAGCUGAAAUCCACUGUGAGUUCUCUGAAGAACAAACUGGAAGACAAUGAGAAACAACUGGAGGUCACUGAGAAAAAACUGGAGAACACUGAGGAACAACUGGAGCAGCUCAAGAGAAACGAUUAUAAAGUGGCAUUUGCCGCCACACUUGGACCCAUUGGUGACCUUGGACCUUUCAACACUGAUAUCACUCUGGUUUACAAAAAGGUCUUUGUGAAUGAAGGAGGAGCUUACAACCCAACCACUGGUAUCUUCACAGCACCAGUUAAAGGCGUCUAUUUCUUCUCUGUCUCUGCACGUCACCGCUCAAACAGACUAAUGGAUCUAAGUCUCUCUAAAAAUGGACAACCGAUGGUAUUUGUUAUUAAUCAUCCUCUAGGUGAACGCUAUGAAUCAACAGCUAAUUCAUUCUCUUUGACUCUAGAGAAAGGAGAUCAUGUCUAUGUGCGUCUCCGACACAAUACAUGGGUCUUUAAUAAUGAAGCUGACUUAACUUCAUUUGCUGGCCAUUUACUUUUUUUUCUUUGAGGUCUUAUUAAAUUCAUGAAGUUCAACAUACUUCUCAACAAGUCUUAACUGCAGGUGAUGAUUUUUUAAGACAAGUGCUGAUUCACUAAAGAGUAAAAUAAAUGUUUGUUUGUUCAUUCAUAUUUCAUGUAAUUUUAUCUCUGUGACAGUUUUAUUAAAAUUAAUUGUUUGUAAA